AUGGCGAGCAGCGAUCCCGCAGCACAUCUUUCCCAGCUAGGUGGCUUCCCUGAGAACCUUGCCGUCGAUUCCGACACUGUUUCAGCAGCAAACGGCACCUCUCUGGUUAGCCUGGGAAAGAUUUCUGCCACGCUCUCCAUUGGCUCAGCCCAGCACACCACGGUACUUCAUGUGUAUGAAGACCUCGAUGAGGCGUUGCUGUCAUGCCAAUCUCUCCGUGCUCUUGGCAUUCUCCCUGAGUCCUGGCCGCGGAUCUCCCGUGUGAAGUCCGAACCCAGUAGUGCAGACAUUGCUGAUGUUAAGGCUCAGCUGAUGCAAGAGUUUGCUGAUGUAUUCGACGACUCCCAAUUGAAGCCCAUGGCUGGUCCUCCCAUGGAGAUAAAGCUUCAAUCUGACGCCACACCAACUCGUGUUAAUGGUGCCCGCGCAAUCCCAUUCGCAUUCCGAGACCAGAUAAAAUCUCAACUGGACGAUAUGGUGAUCAAUGGAAUUAUUGAGCCAGUCACUGAACCGUCAGACUGGUGCCACCCGAUCGUCAUCGCAGAUAAGAAGUCUUCUAACGAGAAGCGCCUCACCGUUGAUUUGCGUAAACUCAACGACCAAGUCUGCCGACCAACACACCCAGCUCGUACUCCGCGUGACGCCGUGACAGCUAUUGGUAAAGCCCGUUUCUUCACCACACUCGACGCACGUCAUGGGUACUGGCAAAUACCCCUGUCCGACGACUCGAAGCCGCUCACGACAUUCAUCACGCCCUGGGGUCGGUAUCGCUAUUGCCGCAACCCUCAAGGUCUGUCCUCAGCAGGUGACGAAUUCAACUGCCGCACAGACGCAGCAUUUGACCGCCUCGCUAACUUCGUCAAAGUCGUUGAUGACGGCCUAGUACAUGACGUCGAUUUUCCAGACCACGUCACCCACGUUCGUGACGUCCUUCACCGUGCCCGUGAGCAUCACAUUACGCUCAGCCCACACAAGUUUGUAUUCGGCGCUAGUGAAGUACAGUUCUGCGGAUUCGUCAUCAAUGCUGAUGGUUAUGCCGUUGAUGGUAGCAAGACAUCUGCCAUUCGCCAGUUCGAAGUGCCCUGCAACCGCACUGACCUCCGCUCGUUCUUCGGUUUGGUCAACCAAUGCAGCGACUUCACACCGCGCAUUGCUGAACUAAGUGAGCCGCUUCGCCCACUCCUGAAAACCAGCAAUGAGUUCGCCUGGGAUCAGCAGCACACCAUAGCAUUCGAAGCCGUCAAAGCCAUCCUGACUGAGUCACCAGUGUUAGCUUUCUUCCAGCCUGGCAAGCCUCUCCGUCUCGAGACUGAUGCAUCUGUGAAGAAUGGCCUCGGAUUUGCCCUAUGGCAACAGCAUGAUGACCAGCAAUGGCACCUCAUCCAGUGUGGAAGUCGUUUCUUAUCUGACGCUGAAACAAGGUACGCUGUAAUCGAGCUCGAGUGCCUCGCAGUCGUCUGGGCAGUGCACAAGUGCCGCUUGUAUCUAUCUGGUGCACAGUUCUCACUAAUCACCGACCAUCGUCCGCUUGUUCCGAUUAUCAACAGCUACACCCUUGACCAGAUUGAGAACUCUCGUCUACUCCGAUUGAUCAUGAAACUUCGUCCGUAUCAAGUGAAAGCAUCGUGGCGUAAGGGUUCAGAGCACGUAUUCGCAGACGCCCUCUCACGACAUCCUGUAUCAAUCCCGACUAGUGAUGAUGAACUUGGAGAAGAUCCAGCACUGUCCUGCCGCAGUAUCCGUAUCUGUCUACUCCAAGGUGGUCCCCAGAGUCUCCAGUUCGCUAAGCUCCGUGCCGCAGCAGCAUCUGACCCUGACUACCAGACGCUACUCGGGUAUAUCCAGAACGGAUUUCCCUCAGCACAACAGCAGCUGCCCGAGCCUCUUCGUGCGUAUUGGAACGUGCGUGAACAUUUGUCCACCGACAAUGGCAUAGUCCUGAAAGGUCUACGCAUAGUCGUCCCAGCCUCUCUGCGUGCGUCAACGCUGAUCGACCUUCACGCAGCCCACCAAGGUCUGACCCGUACCAAACGACGUGCUCGUCAGACAGUGUAUUGGCCCGGAAUGAACAGUGAGUUAGACACGCUAGUCCGCAGCUGUGAUGCAUGCCGUGAAUUUCAGCCGUCUCAGUCUGCCGAACCGCCCAUUUCUGACCGCAAGCCCACUUUGCCAUUCGAAAGUGUUAGUGCUGACCUUUUCAGUUGCCAAGGUUGCGAGUAUUUGGUAUUCGUCGACCGCUUAACCGGAUGGCCAUGCAUAGCCAAGCUUGGUCACUCAGCCACGUCAGCUGACGUCAUCCGUCAUUUCCGCAGGUGGUUCCCAGAUGUAGGCGUACCACAGGUCAUUUCAACGGACGGCGGUCCUCAGUUUGCGUCUCACAGAUUUGCUGAAUUUUGCGAGCGCUGGGGAAUCCGUCAUAUCAAGUCGUCCCCUCACUACCCACAGUCGAACGGACAUGCGGAAGCAGCCGUAAAGGCAAUGAAGUACCUGGUGGAAAAGACUACCAAUGACGGUAAUCUAGACACCGAUGCUUUCCAGCGUGGCCUUCUCGAGUGGCGCAAUACUCCUGGCACUUCGGGAAAGAGUCCUGCCCAGUUACUGUAUGGUCGCCCACUCGUCUCCUUCGUUCUCGCCCAAUGGAGCCAGUUCGACUCCCACUGGCAAGACACCGCAUCUGACAUGGAUGAUGUUGAUCGAGUAGACCAGCCUCCCAGUCAGCCUCACCGAGAGCUUCCCCACUUGUCUAUCGGGACGCACGUUGACAUUCAGCACCCGAAGACAAAACGGUGGUCUUCCCGCGGCGUUGUCGUGGCUAUCGGUGACCACCGCGACUACUACGUCAAGCUACCGAGUGGACGCGUAUAUUGGCGCAACCGUCGCUACCUCCGCCCGUACCGUCCUCCUACUCCAGCUUCAACAGCCAUGCCUGCAUCGUCUCCCGUACUCGACGCUGCACCACAAGCAGUCCCUGUGACUCAGUCGUCGCCACAGUCAACUGUUCAGGUACCACCUCGAACAAGCCAACGUCCCCGGCGACAGAAUGUCCCCUUUAACAUUAUUUCAACGCGUGGACAAUCGUACAAUUAA